AUGGAAAAUCUCCACCGACCAAACUUACCGGCAAACCCUCUGCCUCCUCCACCGACGCUGUCUCCGGUUGCUUGGUUUGAGUGCACAGCCAUUGAUGAUGUUGUCCAUGGUUCUCCAUGGUAUUAUAUUGCCUGCCGUGGAUGCAGGACUAAGGCAACGAAAGGCCAUAACGGAAGUAGCUGGUGUUCCAGAAUAUCUGUGUAUGACACCAAUGACCAUGCCACAUUUGUGCUUCUUGGUGAUGCUGGGUUUGAGUUGCUUGGGAAGCAAGCAUCGGAGUUGGUAGAGAGUUACUUUGAGGCCAAUGCUAGCGUGGGAGAUGAUCACGUAGUCCCGGUGCCUCAGGCUCUUACUGAUACAAUUGGCCAAACUCACAAGUUUAUUAUCAAGGUAUCGGAUUACAAUUUGACCGGGAAGAGCAAGGCUUUAACUGUGACUAAGGUCCUCCGUCCUCAGACUCCAGAACUUGAAAUCAACGUUGAAGAGAACCUGGUUGUUCCUUCGGCCGAUGAAGUUUUGCAGGAUCAAUUUAUUCACAUUCAGGGACAACUAUUGGAGGGUCGCCUUUCCAACAACAAUCAGAUAACUGAGCCAAGUUUUUUAACCGAAGGAGAUACAUAUGAAUUCUCAGGAUUCUCGGUUGUACCAAAUUCCCGUGAACGGAAAUUAACACCACUCCCGUAUUACAUUCAGAUCGACCAAGAGACGACAAUCUCGAACGUUACUUACAUAGGUCCCAUAUUUCCUGUAUACAGUUUCUUUACUCAGAGAUACAGAUCUUUACUGCGCUUAGCCACUAUCCCUAGCUACUUACCGG